ACACACUGACACACACAGCAGCAGCAGCAGCAGCAGUGUGCCCAGCAGCUCCCAGACCCCCUCUCUUUCACCUGGAACACCUCGACACAGGCGGAUAUCUGCUUUUCUGCGGGGAUCAGAGGAGCUGCUUUGGACCUGAUCGUCAUUUUUUUUAAUCUGAAGAUCUUUUUUUUUUUCUUGCGUUGAGGAGAAAGUCCGAGCAGCCAUGAGAGUUCCCCCCGCGUCUGCCGGAUACCUUCACAGCGACUUCUGACCCAAGCCCGUUCGAGCAAACCCAAAGAUGUCAGCGUGCAGCGACUUUGCAGAACACGUGUGGAAACCCGGCUCUUGUAAGAACUGCUUCCACCCGCUUAGCGCGCACAAGACCCUGUCGGAUGGCAGCGCGCCAGCUGCGUGUUUGAAGGGCAGCCUGGGAGGAGAUGAGGAAGCUGGAGUAACGGCGCCUUCGCUCUACAGCAAGCCAACCAUCGCUGUCAAACCCACCAUGAUAAGCGUCGACACCAACGACUCAACUGACAUCAACAUGAACAUAGAGCAGGAGAAUGCAAAGAGUCCAGCAGACCGACUGGCUCUGAAGAAGCUGUUAGAUCUGUCGCCUCUUUACAUUGACAGUAACGGCUGCAGCAAGACCCUGAGAGAAACGGUUCUUCAGAGCCCAGAUGCCAAGACGGACUACAACAACUGCUUUUCUGUGGCUCCUUUGUCACCCACUGUUCUGCCCAAAGAAUCCAUGAUCAUCAGCAGUAUCUUUGUAACCCAGGAGGACGGCAGAGGUUUGCAGAAUUUAAAGAUAAAUGCCAAUGUGGACUCCUGCAAGCAGCAGGCGAGUGUGGCUGCUAUCAAAACCAAGAGCACUUAUAAUGGAAAUGGAGUGGCUACCAGGGCAAAUUAUCCAGAGUCCCAUCUGGCAUCUGUGGAGAUACCUUUGUCAGUGGAUAUAGCUCCGUCCAGUCCCGCCAAAGUUUAUAGCAAUGGUGUAAACACUGGGAGUAUGACUGUUACCACGAAAACAUCCAGCACUUCUACCGCUUCCUAUACGUCAGUUAUAAGUGUGGAAACUACUACGCUCACGAGCCCGACGUCCCCAAAGUCUGUUCCCGUCCUGUCCAAACAGAACAGCCUGUCAGACUCCUCCUGCUCCUACCGUAGCAGUACAGAUUCCCUCCAUGGACCAGAGGGGUCAGGAGGAAGAGGAGAGAGGUCAGGAAGCCCCCAAAGCCCGCCGGCCAUCGGCAGCCCAAAGUCGACUCCCAGCUCUCCUGACGGACAAACAAACUCGGAACCAAUUUAUGCCGAGAGCACCAAGAAAAAGCGCAGGCCGCAAGAGAACGGACAGCAGUCCCAACCCGAGUCACCCAGCCAGACCCAGCAGUCCCCGUCCUCUGAGCAGGAGCCGUCGGGAGACAGUCAGAGGGCGACUAUCACCGUGAUGGCCGCUCACACGGAGGACACCAACAAGACUUUCUACCUGAGCAGCCCAGACUCGGCCGUCAGCACCCAGUGCCACUUCAGCCCCGCCGCGCGUAAAGACCCCAGCAGCCCGGCCUUCCGCUGGCCCAGCCCCAGCCACAGCUCGCCCUCUUUGGCCACCGAAGCCUUCCUCACCCCCACUGUGCACACCAAACCCCAGUCCAGCCCACCCAUUCCCCCGAAGAGGAGCAGCCGCUCCCCCAAACUGGGCACGUCCAGCCUGUCUCCGUCCAUGUCUUCCCCGGUUCCUCUCCCCGACCUUCCCCGGCUGGGCGCCUCCAGCCUCUCGCCGUCUCUCUCGUCCCCGGUCCCGCUGCCUGAACUGCCCAUGCUUUUUCUCGUCUCUGCGCGGGAGGGUCACUUCAAGGUCCCCACGGAGAACCACGGCGCGCCUUCCGAGCGCUGGCACAAGCAGCACCACCACAGCUCUGGAUGGAACUGCCGCAUCGAAGAGGAGGAGGAGGAAGAGGAGAGGGAGCGAAAAGAGAUGGAGAAGAAGAAGAAGCUGGCUGCCAGCUCGGGGACAACCUCUCGUGCGACGGGCCCGGUCAAUGGUGCUGCUGUCUGGAAGGAGGCCAGGGACUGGAAGGCCCACAGCAGCCCCCCUCUGAUGACAGAGCCAGGCACGGCCCCCUCGGCCUCCCCCAACAAUGGUGCCUGUCAGGGGGAAACUGAGGGCACCAGCGCAGAGGAGGAGGGCAAGCAUAUCGGGAGCAUGCCGGCCAAGCAACCGUUGCAUGGAGGUUCAUCAGAGCUGCUGGCAGCCGGGAAAGGAGCUGCCAACAAUGAGCCCAACCCGCCGCCCCCACCACCCAAGAAACUGCACAGAGUGUCCGGUAAGAUGAGUGGCAGCAACAUGGAGCUGGACCGCUGCAGUCAGCAGGGCUCGGCGUGGAGCCCCACUUCCUCCCUGCGGGGCCUGAGCAGCAGCAGCCUGCCGACCGCCUCCACCGACAACCUGACAGCUGACGCCGGCUCCCGCGAUGCCGCACGCCUGUCGUGUUCGUCGCCGUUCACCAGGAGUCCAGUGGCGUCGGCUCCGGGGUCUCCGCACCCGCCUACCGUCAGCAGCUCCGGCAGCCAACCGCCUCCUCUCCCCGAGAAGAAGAUGGUCAACCGUACCGUCUCGGCUCCCGACAGCGCCAACGGGAAGCCAUUCGCCCGGGGCUACCCGCGCCUCCCGUUCACCGGCUCGGAGAGCAAUGUGUGUCGCUCCACCGACGCCAGCUCCUGGUCCAGCUUACCGUCCAGCCCCGUUGAUCCGCGGCCCAUCUUCUCCUCCAACGAGUCCCUGGAGCGCUGCCACGCCCCGCUAGGCCGGUCUUCCAGGUCCCGGACUUUGGAUGAACCCCUCAAGACUCACGGGCGGCUGGGGGUACACUGCCGAAGCAGCAUCACGUGCUCCUCCUCCCCCCAGCUCAGUGCCCCUUUCUCAGCCUCGGAACCGGGCUUAGCCCCCAAUCUGGGGUCAAGCUUGCAACUCCAGACCCUCCUGAGUAACAUUGACAGCAGAGAGGGGGUCUACUCCAAGCUGGGCGGCCUGUAUGCGGAGUCUCUCCGGCGCUUGGCUCUAAAAUGCGAGGAUCACUUCACCCGCUCCCAGAAGAACCCGCUCCGGUUCGAGGAGAGCAACUGGUCCCUGUUCAGGCUCACGUCCAACAAGCCCAGCUGCAACGCCGGGGACGCCGUUUACUACUCUGCUGCCUGCGCCUCAGACCCCAGCAACUCCUACGCUGUCAAGAUCUGCAAGAGUCCGUCCACAGAGACCAAGCAGGGCCAUCUGUAUGGCCUGUCGGUGCAGCAGAGCAUGCCUCCUCACUUCAACCUCCAGCAGGACUGCGGCCACUUCCUCGCCUGCGUCCCCCAGAGCAUGCUGCCUUCCGACGAAGUCAACCCCCCCUCCGCGCCCGCCCCGUCCACGCCUCAGCCCUCCGCGCAGGGCCAGCAGGCGGAGCGGGAGCGGGUGGUGGUCAUCACCCCGGAGAUCCCCCACCAGACGGCGGCCGACUUCGUCCGGGAGUGGGAGGGCUUCCACAAAGCCCAGCCGGAGGUGUACGAGCGCCGCGUGUGCUUCCUGCUGCUGCAGCUCUGCAACGGCCUGGAGCACCUGAAGGAGCACGGCGUGACGCACCGGGACCUCUGCCUGGAGAACCUGCUGCUGGUGCCUCACCAGCGCCGGUCGUCCCAGUUCAGCCACCAGGCCGCCGCCGACGGCGUCUCCAACGGCAACGGGCCGGACGUUCAGCGCCACCUCCCCCGGCUCCUCAUCAGCAACUUCGCCAAGGCCAAGCGGCGCUCCUCCGAGGACGCCGCCUCCACCAACGUGGACCCGCGCGUCAAGCGCGACCACGCCAGGCUGGCGCCCGAGAUCGUCUCGGCCGCCCAGUACCGCAAAUUCGACGAGUUCCAGACCGGCAUCCUGAUCUACGAGCUCCUCCACCAGCCCAACCCGUUCGAGGUGAGCCCGGCGCUGAAGGAGCAGGACUACCGGUGCGAGGACCUGCCGGCCGUGCCCGCCGUCUCCCUCUACUCCGUGGGCCUCCAGAAGCUGGCCCAGCUCCUCCUCCAGCCCGACCCCAUCAAGCGCAUCCACAUCCAGGAGGCCAAGCGCGUCCUGCAGAGCCUGCUGUGGGGUCCCAGGAGGGACCUGAUGGAGCAGCAGUGGGAGCGGCACGGGCAGGCGGGCGGCUUCGCGGACGGCUCGCGGCACGAGGGCCUCCUCAACUGGCUGGACGUGAAGCGAGCCCUGCUGAUGAUGAAGUUCGCCGAGCGGUCGCUGGAGCCCGAGAGGAACGCCGAGCUGGAGGACUGGCUGUGCUGCCAGUACUUCUCCUCGGCUCAUCCCCUGUCGCUCUGCCACACCGCCGAGCUGCUCUACUCGCUGAAGUGACGCCUCACCUUACAGAAAAACAAACUGUGUGGAUUUGUGUGUAUGCACAACGACCAACGGUGUUAAAGCUACUCUUUGAGACGCUAUGGACGGGGCCCCGAAAUGUGCGAAAACAACCGCCCAAGAAAACUGUGAACUCGCCCACCUGUCUGCGCCACUUCUACAUGCAUGAGAGCCGUUUGUUGAGUCAGCUGUCCACUUUGUACCGUACACUUCUACACCAUCGGCGUCACGCUGCAGGCCGUCAACAAGAGGAAGUGGCCUCUGAAAACUGUCACUGAAAUAUGGACCGAAUGACAAUAUUUCACACCUAAUCACUUUAUUUUUUAACAAGCGAUGCUAAUGAGAACGUCCCAUAAAAGGAGAAUCGUGAACAUGACUCAUGUUUGUAAUACACUUACCAAAGUCCCAUGGUUGACACUGUAUUACACGUACUUUAUAAGUAUCAGUGGAAGCAUUUUCAUGCUCUGAGGACAAAUAAUCCAUAACCCUUCUGCGUGUUGAUGCUGUGUCGUAUCUGAAUGUGCAGCUAACUCUGUCUCGGUGUGUACGGCUCACUGGUCACGGGCACAUCGUCCUGUGCUGUAUACUGUGUGAACAGGCUUCAACUUCAUCUGCAGAAUAGCUCUUUUUUUUUGUUUUCUUUCUGUGGAUCCUGGUUUACUAGUUGGAGUGAUCAAGGCCGAUCUUUCAGAAGUGUGUUAAAUUGGCCAAAAAAACAUGUUUCGGAAAUGGCUUCUACUGAAUGGACGAUUCCCGGUUUUCCACGAUAAUUACUUUAAGCAUAUAUAUUUAAGUCUUUUGACAUUCGUCGCAGUGCCUUUUGGUUUUUUUUUUGUACAUGUUACCGUGACUCAAGCCAAAUGUAAAUAUUACUCAUUCGUCCUUUGUGAAACUGGCCUUUCACAGAAUGUUUUAGCAACAUCUUUGUACAGUGAUUUGUAGAUGAUAUGAGAGAAAAUGAGCCCAAGCAGGUCUUAAAAAGCCAUGAAUAUGAGGAGGAAUUAAAAAUAUUUAUAUUGUAAUUUGUUAUCCUGUAGUAGUCACUGGAAGUUUUCAGUUUUUUUAUUUCAAUAUGUGGAUUAUUACGGUUUUUUUUCUUCUUUAUUUGCCACAGCAGUUGCUGGGUCUCUCUUUCUUUUUCUUUUGUGGGCUGCAGAGAGAACGCUUCAGGUUCUGAAGUUUUUAUCCCCAAUAAAUAAUUUGCUACUAAAAGUCCAGAGAGGCAAAAAUGUUAACAGCCUGCAGAGUGCAGGUUUUUCUCCAUGACUGACUGGAGCCGAGAGACAGCAUGGCCUGAACUCAUAACUAAUGCGGUUUUGAUCUGAACUACUUUAUGUGUGCCUCACUUAUUUGCAUCCAUCAAUAAACUGUGCAUAUAUUUUUCUCACA